ACUGGGUUCAUUUCAAAAGUAAUUCUUAAGCAAAUUGUCUCAAUUAGAAAAGAUUUGGAGGUGCUUUACAGUUAAUUAAGAUAACUAAUAAUUCCCUCUGUGAAACUGAAAGGAAUAUCAUAUACAUCAUUACAUGUAUUUAAUGUAUGUUAUCAAGUGUGCAUGUGUAUACAGUGUUACAUCUGCCACAAACAGUGCCACAAACCAUUCCAUGGUAAUGCAUAAUGAUGAGGACAUGCAGCACCCAGGCUUUGAAACGAGACACCCGCUACAGGCAGAAGAGCAUGAAACUGGUUAUGAUCCUCUGAACAACUAUAACCAAAACCGCACCCGAGACGUGCCAAACAGUGCUGCUGAGUCGACCUUUCAGUCGUACAGAAAAGAGUGGGACAACUUUUUCCAGAACAGCAACUAUCUGGCCUGGAUCAGACAGUCAGGCAUUAAUGGCCUGUUAAGGGGCAGCCGGUUUCGCAGCAUAUGCUGGAAGCUGUACUUAGACAUCCUGCCUGAGGAUAAGAGCCAGUGGACCAAAAAGACUAAGGACUUUCGAGAUCAGUAUGAGCAGAUUAAGGAGCGGCACAUCACAAACCCACGCAAAGCUGCAGGCCAGCAGGACCUAGUGGUGAACAACCCGUUGUCUCAGGAUGAGGGGAGUUUGUGGAACAAGUUCUUCCAGGAUAAAGAGUUGCGGGGUAUGAUCAAGCAGGAUGUGUUGAGAACGUUUCCAGAGAUGCGUUUUUUUCAAGAGGAAGAUAUUCGGACUAAACUGACGGAUAUUCUCUUCUGUUACGCACGAGAAAAUGAGCAGUUACUCUACAAGCAGGGUAUGCAUGAGUUGUUGGCUCCUAUAGUAUUUGUAUUGCACUUUGACCAUCAGGCCUUUCAGCAUGCCAGUGAGACUGGGACUCCCAGUGAGGAGAUGAAGGUGGUGCUGGAUCCAAAGUUUCAUGAGCACGAUGCAUAUGCCAUGUUCUCACAACUCAUGGAAACAGCAGAGCCCUGGUUCUCCAGUUUUGAGCGGGAAGUGCGCAAGGGAAAGGAAGAGAUGCUCACCAGCAUUCCUUUUGCCAGACCUCAGGACUCUGGACCUUCUGUGGCCAUUGUGACCAAAGUAAACCGUAUCCAAGACCAGCUGUUAAAAAAGCAUGAUAUUGAACUGCACAUGCACCUGAACCGCCUGGAGAUUGCACCUCAGAUAUACGGCAUUCGCUGGGUCCGCCUGUUAUUUGGGAGAGAGUUUCCUCUGCAGGACCUGCUGGUGGUGUGGGAUGCACUGCUUGCAGACAGCAUCACUCUGGAUCUGGUGGAUUAUGUGUUCGUAGCGAUGCUGCUGUACAUCAGAGAUGCAUUGAUUGCCAGCAGCUUUCAGACAUGUUUGGGUCUCCUGAUGCACUACCCACCUGUUGGAGACAUUAAUGCUCUUCUGCACAAAGCGUUGUUCUUGAGAGACCCAAAGAAUAAUCCAAGGCCAGUCAACUAUCAGUUCCAGCAGAACCUUGACUACUACAAAAACCAUGGAGCUGACUUCGUCGACAGGACACGCGCUGUUAGCACCAAAGUGGCUCCUCUCAACAUCAAUAAGGUCUCCAGCUCUCUGCUUAGCUUUGGGAGGAAGCUCAUCGCCCCCAUUGGUGGUGGCUCCAGUGGCAUAAUGCCGAUCAACAGCGAAGUGCUAUCUUCUCCAUUUCCUCAACCUCAGCAACCUCUGGCCAUAGCUGAGCCAUCAACCAACACGAUGUCCUCUCGUACGCAAAUGCAUGUGGCACAACAGCGUCUACUGAAGUCUGAGAGCAUGCCUGUGCAUCUCAGUAAAGAUGUAGGUUCUGCUGGAAUAUCUCAGAUCUCUCAUCCCAGCCAGAUACUCUCUGACAUGCCAGCUCAUUUAUCAGGUCAGACAUUCAGGCCUGUGAGCUCCUCACCGAGUGUUGAGAGUCUGUCAGGUGGGAGGGAUCAAGCCAUGUCAUCCCCACCCCUUCUUGCUUAAGGGCGGGAGUCGAGCACAUCAUCACCACCACUUUCUGCAACUAAGAAAGAUUUGUUCUUCAACAUCAGUCGAUCACGAUCUCACAGCAAAUCUAUAGGCAAAAAGGACCUGGAUGAAUUAGAGGCCCAAGUGUCCUUUCUGCAGGGGCAGAUCAAUGAUCUGGAGGCCAUGAGCAAAUAUUGUGCCAAGAUGAUGAAUAUGCACAUCGGCAAAAUUCAGGAGGUGAUACUGCAGGAGCAUCUGCAGAAGGAGGAUGAGGUUCUGGUAUCGCUUGCUGGACUUAAGCAGAUUAAGGACAUCUUAAAAGGAGCACUGCGCUUCAAUCAAAGUCAACUUGAGGCUGAGGAGAAUGAGGAGAUUACGAUAGCAGAUGAUCACUACUGCUCUACAGGUCAAGACACAGCUCAGCAGGAUGGGCCCAUAGCCGACUCCAUUACUGAUACUGGAAUUGUGCAGCCAAGCACUCAGCUAGAUGUCGGUCAUCGCUCUGAGCAAGACAACGAGAUGAAGAUACAGGAAAAGACAACAAUGCCAAGUGAGGGGACACAUACCACAGAACAACAGUUUGCUGUGGGGAGGAACUGGGAUGACUAUAUCCUGGUCUCACAGGAUGAGGAUCUUCAACCAGCGGAUGGCGAGAUCGCUGUGCCCGGCAAGCAAGAGCAGGGUUUUGGCAACGCUGAGUUUCAUGACCCUCUUAUGGUAACCACCUCUGGAUCAUCCAGCCCAGAAGAGGGCAGCACUAACAGCAAAGACUCUGAUUUUACCAUUGUUAAUACUGCUGACCUUUAAAGCCUAAAAAUAUAUAUCUGAUCUUUAUCUUUUGAUUUCUUCUAAGAGGAGAACACAUUCUGCUGGACUUUUGCACUUGUGAACUGGGGCUGAUUGCCCUAUGGGAUGCUUAGUCCCUUUAAACUCAGAUCUUAUGUCAUCUCCUGUCCGUGUUCUCAUAGGCCUGUAUUCUAAAUAUCUGCCCAUACACCUGUAUCCUGUGACAUAUACCUUUUGUUUGCACAUUGAAUUUAGCUACCUAGUUAUUGUAAUUUACCUUAAAACACAAUUAAACCUACUUUAUUUCACCCCAUAGCACUGUAUUUACCUCUGCCACAGACUCCUGACUCCUAAUAGUCCACAAAUCUUUAUCAGUACUCAAGGCUCUCUUGCUCUCUCUCUCUUUCUCUUUCUCUCUCUCUUUCUCUCUCUCUCUCUCUCUCUCUCUCUCUCUCUCUCUGGUUGCAUAAUGACUGUGAUGUGCAGUGGCAUACAUACACCAUGUGUCUUACGUAAGCCAAAAGGGGAAAUGUAUUUGACAUGGCCUUUAACAGUGUCCCUGCUUUCUCUCUAACAUUGAUUGUUCAUUAUCCGGUGCCUCAAUACAUGUCUGUUUAUAUGUCUGUCCUGUUUUUCUGUCCCAGUGUUUUUGUUCUUUCUAAAAUAAUUUUAACACUUGAUUGCCAUGUUAGAUUUUGCUAACUUAUGUUUUCCGUAUUUUUAAAAGAAAUCCUUGAUAUGUGACCUCUAGCUUUGUUGCUCAUGUCUUUUGUUGAAGUUCUUUCAGCCCACAAGGUAGCUGAAUGGCAUUGCACGCAUGGGAUGUUGGAAUGAUAUUAACUCUAGAAGAAUAAAACAGAAUUAUUGCUCUUGCCUAAGUGCGUAAUUUGGAAAAUGA